GGAUGGUGACUUGUGAGCUUGGUUGCAUCUUAUCGAAGCCAUCGAUAUCCGGUCACUGAUGAUUGGUGGAACGAACUACCUCGGCCUGUUCUCUAAAAGAUACGGAGAAGUCGAACAAGUAUCCGUACUUGCUAGACAACACACAGACAUCCCUCCGCCGUCCGCUAGACGAUAUGAGGGUCAAUGGCCGACGGCCGGCCUAAUUAAUAUAUGCGAUCGGGUGCCUACACGCCAUGUCCAGAGUCAUCACCCUCUUCUCGAAGGCAGCCUGUUGACAACCUGUGAGAGCGUUUGAUCAUGGACGCUUCGACCGCCCUCUCGAUCCCUGCUGCCCUCGCCGGCCUAGCCUACUUGAAUGCGCGAUGGAGAAUUUCUCCCGACUGGCAUAUCGUCAGGAAUCUUUCUAUAGCUCAACGAUCCUACAACAAGCGAAUUCAAGCGGAUCGAACCAAUUCCUUCUACAUCAUCGAAGAACAUGCCAACAAUCCAAAGGUGGCGGACAAGUUGUUCCUCAUCUACCAGGGAAAGAGUUAUACAUUCAAGCAGACAUAUACCACCGUCCUACGUUAUGCAGGAUGGUUGCACUCGGUUCACAAAGUGGUGCCGGGAGAGAUCAUUGCCAUCGAUUUCAUGAACUGUCCGCAGUUCAUCUUCCUCACCCUGGCAAUAUGGUCGUUGGGAGCCUUGCCCGCCUUCAUCAACUACAACCUGACGUCGAAACCCUUUAUCCAUAGCAUCAAGACAUCGACAGCGAGACUUUUGAUCGUUGACCCGGAGAUUGAAUCAAAAGUGCUGACUCCGGAGGCGAAGCAAGCUUUCGCUGCAUCCGACUUUCGCAACAAUGCAUUCCCCUUGGAAGUAGCUGUUCUGACGAAUGGCUUGCAAUCAUCUCUAGAUUAUUUUCCUCCUUAUCGAGCGCCCGACUCCGCUCGCGCAGGCGCAAUCGGCCGCUCACCUUGUGUACUGAUAUUCACUUCGGGAACGACAGGCCUUCCGAAAGCCGCCAUUGUACCUUGGGAUCGAACAGGCUGGGGUUCGUCUUUCGUUGCCAGAUGGAUCGAACUCCGUCCAGUGACACACUCCAACCCAGACAGAUACUACACCGCCAUGCCGCUAUAUCACUCCUCAGCCUUUCAACUGGGCUUCCACCUUUGUCUCAUCUCGGGAUCGACUCUGGUACUGAGCCACCGAUUUUCAGCCACCAAGUUUUGGGACGAGGUUGUCAGCGCCGGAGCAACCAAAAUCCAGUACGUGGGUGAGACUCUACGGUAUCUGCUUGCCGUUCCACCUCAACCUGAUGAUCGCACGAAGCAUAAGGUGCGUCUCGCGUUUGGUAACGGAUGCAGACCAGACGUGUGGGACAAGUUCUGCAAUCGAUUCGGGGUCGAGACCAUCGCGGAAUUCUAUGGAGCCACAGAAGGUAUUUCCGCAAGCUUCAACUUGUCGCGCAACACCUUCUCAUCAGGUGCAAUUGGCCAAUUUGGGCUGAUUCUGCAGACCCUUGCGUAUCUCAGGCAGUCCAUCGUCGAAGUCGACUGGGAGACGGAAAGUCCACGCCGUGAUCCCAAGACGGGUUUCUGCAUCAAAGUCCCGCGAGGCGAACCAGGCGAGCUACUGUACAAGAUCGAAGAUCCAAAGGACGUCGGCGCCAAGUUCACGGGCUACUUCAAUAACAAGGAAGCCAGCGACUCCAAAAUUCUACGUGAUGUACACAAGAAGGGCGAUGCAUAUUUCCGCAGUGGAGAUGUCGUAAAGUUUGACAAAGAGGGCCUUCUUUGGUUCUGUGACAGGAUAGGUGAUACGUUUCGCUGGCGCAGCGAGAACGUCUCCACGGCCGAAGUGGCCCAGGUCCUUGGGCUGCAUCCCCAUGUUCUUGAGGCCAAUGUUUAUGGCGUGGCAAUUCCGAACCAUGAAGGACGAGCCGGAUGUGCGGCGAUUCUUCUGAAAAAUGUCACGGCCAUUGAUAGUCCCGUGGAUGAGACCUUACUGGAAAGUCUGGCUACGUACGCGCGGAACAGCCUUCCCAAGUAUGCAGUUCCAGUGUUCCUGCGGGUCGUGACGAGUGUGAUGGCGACGGGGAAUAAUAAGCAGCAGAAACAUGUGCUGCGGCUGGAAGGUGUGGCUCCGGAAAAAGUCGGUGGUGAGAAGAUAUUCUAUCUAAGGCCUGAUGCGGAUAGAUAUGAGCCUUUCAACGGAGUGGAAUGGGAGGUUCUGAAGGCUGGGAAGGUGAAACUAUGAUAUGAUUGUGAUGGACUGCAAUAUGCCCUUGGUUCAUGGCAUCAUUGGUGACAUUUUGUGCCGAUCUACAUCGCGUAGGGGGAACGAAUACUUUCGGUUGUGUAUACUUGAAGACAGAAUGAGAUGGAUGGGCGUCCGGUAGAAUGAUACCAGACUUGACUCUUG